UAUUUCUAGUGCAAAAAUUAAACGAAGAAUUAUGUUUCCGUUAGAGAUUUUAAGUGUUUUAGUGAGUGGAAUUUUGUGCCUCUAUUUCUACUUAAUCCGCAAUCACAAUUACUGGGCUAAGCGUGGGAUUCCUGGUCCGAAAGCUGCUUUUGUGGUGGGCAAUCUUCCAGGAAUUUUCACUCAGAAAAGAAAUGCUGUUUAUGACAUGGAAGAAAUUUACAACAAGUGGAAGACUGAUGCCAAUUUUGUGGGAUUCUUUAACAUGUUGCAGCCGCAAAUUCUUAUACUGAAGCCUGAAUUGGUCAAAACGGUCACUGUGAAAAAUUUCCAGAACUUCCAUGAAAAUGACUUUGCGGAUAUGUUCGGUAAAGAUAGUGAUCCAGUCUUUACUAAGACGAUAUUUAUGCUUAAAGGAGCGGAAUGGAAGGAAAAGAGGGCAGAACUUGCCCCUGCUUUUACUGAUAACAAAAUGAAAUCCAUGUUCAUCCUAAUUGAAGAGAUUUCUGAGAGAUUGUUAAAUUAUUUAGAUAAAGCUGUAAAGGAUAAAGGAAGUCCCCUAGUACUGGAAGCUCGAGAACUAUCCACAAAGUUCUCCAUAGAUGUUAUUGGAAAUUGCAUUUUCCGUGUAAAUGGAGGAGCUUUUGGAGAAGAAAAUUCUCAAAUGAUGAAAAUGGGCGAAGAACUUAUGAAUCCCAGUGGAUCAUUUCUUUUAUCAUUCCUUCUCCUUCAAUUUUUUCCAAUUUUAAAAGGAAUCAUCAAGCCACAACUCGUUAAGAAAACCGUUGCAGACUAUCUUAGAAACCUCAUCAGGGAAGUGAACGAAAAUCGAAAGGAAAAUCCAGCUGAAGGGGGAGAUUUUAUGUCUUUUAUGGAACAUCUUCGAAUUAAUCGAGGAACUGAUCCUGCACAGAUUUUAGGACAUGUUUUUACUUUUUUCAUCGAUGGUUAUGAAAUGAGCAGCAAUGUCUUAGCUCAUACCCUCUAUCAAUUGGCGAAGAAUCCUGAGAUUCAGGAUAAAUUGCGGAAUGAACUGCAAUCUUUGGAAUCUCUGGGGUACAUUGCAAAUCCCAAUAGUGAACAAUGUGAAUAUCUCCAUAGAAUUUUACUUGAAAGUCUCAGGAUAAAUGCUCCUUUGCCCUUUGUCACAAAGAGAUGUACUAAGGAAUGCAAAUUAUCUCUUCGACAAGGAGAAGAUGUUCUUAUUGAAACCAAUACCCCUGUCGUCAUUCCUAUAUACUGCAUUCAAAGGGAUCCUCAAUACUACUCUCAACCCAAAACAUUUGAUCCUGAUCGAUUUCUCAAUGGAAAUGCCAAGAAGUUCCAGAAUGAAGGCAUAUUUUUGCCAUUUGGAGAUGGACCACGCAUCUGCAUGGGAAUGAAAUUUGCCAUGAUGCAGGUAAAGUUUGGAGUGGCUACUAUCAUCAAGAAUUACCGAUUGACUGUUGAUCCCAAAACUCUGGAUCCUUUUCGACUGAAUCCCAAGAGAUUUACAACAACUCCUGAAGGUGGAUAUUGGUUAAAAUUCACACCAAUUGACGAGAAGUAAAUUUUCACAAAAAGCAGUUGCACUAAACAUUACCACUUACUCAUGUGAAAGAUUUCCUGAAUACUGAGAAUUUCUCAUACUCACAUGACAGUAUUUGUGACAUCCACAAUUAAUGUAUAAAAGCGAAAUUUAAAAAAAAAUGAGGAAGAUACAUAAAUCACGUGUUCAAGAGACACUCAUAAAAUAGAAAUGAUUGUAUUUAUAAGUUUUUUUUCGUUUGAGUCGAAUAAUUUUCAAAUUUGUUUGCGUUAUUCCACUACAAAGAUUUUCCCAAGAUUUUCUAUUAAAUCACAUUUAAAUUUUAAAGAAAUAAAAUAAAUAAGAAUUCAGAUAACAAGAAAAUUGGUAGUUUUACCAAUUCAAAACUA